AUGUCGAAUAUGAGAGAAUUGGAUCUGAAGGACUGCCGCAACCUCGACGAUAUUCCAGGCUUGGAAGACUCGUCAAAAUUCACGGAAACGAUUCAUAUGGAAGGCUGCACCAAUCUCAGUGCUCGGUUUAGGAAGAACAUACUAGAGCGAUGGGCCGUGAGCGGAGGGGGUGGCCUUUUCUUCUCUGGAAAUGAUAUUCCUGUCAAUGAGGAUGAAAUUGUCUAUAUCGAUGUGCCGUAUUCUGACAUAGGUGCCUUGACUCUGUGUAUCAUUUAUUCCUCAGACGACUCGCAGUCUAGUGGGAGACUUUCUUUGACUGUUACAAAUCGUACCCAGCGCACUGUGUUUUCCAUAUUUCCAAGGACUGUCUCCGGAGUGACUCCCCAUGAAGAUUAUCUCUGGCUUGGACGUAUACCAAACAAUGGGCUCAAUCUGAAAGGCGGGGACAAGGUUCAUGCUCGCGCAGAAUUUUUAAGAGAAGAGGGCAAGAAGCAUUUGAAGUAUUUCAAACUUGUUGGUAAAUCUUCACGCUUGGAAAUGCCAUUGAGGAUAGCUUACACGUGGCAUCAGCUGCCUUCAACAGUGGCUAACGGCUGGGGUCCAUCUUGGGCUUCAUUUUCACGUUGGCUGCUCGCUCAGCAUCGGAUAGUCGGCUCCACCAUUUUGAGUGCGACUGGAAUCUCGGGCUAUAUUCCGCUUUAUCUUGGGUUUGGGGGAAAUUUUGAUCUGGCCGAGAAAAACCCAUGCGGGAUAGGCGGCAAACUGGCUGGGGCAGGAGACAAUAAGCCUGGAAAGUGA